UACUAAAAUUACCGCCAUCAUUGGCUUUUUUCAUAUGUAGUGAUAAAGUGUAACACGUGUUUGUUAAUAAUUAUUUAAUAUUUGAUUAUUACUUCAAUUACAAUUAAAAUUAUCUUCGAAAUAAAAAAUGCCACGAACUAAAGAAUCCGAUGAUGAAUAUGAAAUAAAAACUGGCCGAAGAUCUAGAGCUGCUACUGGAACAAAUGUGGUCGAUUCACCUUUACGUCGUAGUACAAGAAAUAGACAGCAGAUAAAUCGUGAAUUAUCACCUGAUGGAGUAAAUAUUACAUCUGGACCGGUCACAAGAACUACUAGACGUAAAGCAGCUUCCCAAGAAGUUUUCACUUCAGAGUCUACACGUACAUUAAGACCAAGGAAAACUUCUGUUACUUCUGAUACUUCUGAAAAUCAUGAUGUAGAAACAGCUGAUAGUAAACGUACCACUAAAAAAAGUACGACAGCUGCUGCUACUUCAGAUACACCAACUAACAUUCGAUUACGACGGUCUGUUAGAGCUGGAUCUGAAUCAAAAACAAUCCAAUCUCCUGCAAAAGCAAAUCGACUUACUCGUGCCAGUUCAUUAGAUUUAGAAGAACGUGAUAAUGAAAUUCAAAAUAAUCUACAAGAAGCUCACAACAGUACACCAAUCAAAUUACGUCGACGAGCAUCAAUUCUUCCAUCUGAACCAACUUUAAUAGAGGAAAUCGAAAAAGAUCGUAACUCUCUUCAAGAAUCUUUACUUUCAAUAAUAGAAGAUGAUCAAAAAGAAAAAGAAAUUAAUGAUACAGAAGAUAAACAUAGCACAGUUGGUGAUUUUGCUCAACAUACAGAUUCAAUUAAAUCACCUAUCUUGCGAUUGAGUAGAGGUUUUACACCAGAAGUGGAAAUAGAUACCGAUCAAUCUAAUGAAAAUACAAAUGAUACUUCAACCAAUCCAUUAAAAAUUUCUAGUGGAUGUAGCUUAAAAUCAAUAUCAGAAGAAAUAAAUGAUUCGCAAUUGAAAGAAGAAUCAACCAUUUGUAAUAAAAACAAAAGUCGAAUCCAUGAAAUUAUUCAAACUCCAAAAGUAGUAGUAGAAAAAAUGAAGUUUCCAUUUGAAGAUCAUACUUCAGAAUCUCUCGAUGUAAGUCCAAACAAUAAAGAAAAUCAAAAAUCUAAUGUAACCAUUCCAAUAAAAAAAUUAAAAUUUCCAAAUUCUGAAGAAGUAUCAACUCAUCGAAAGUCUUUAACAACCAUAGCUUCUGAGAAAAUUUCAAUUGUGAAAAGAUUAAAUAAAACUAUAGAUGAUAAAAUGCUAAUAACUAAUGAAAAUUCAUCCAACGAAUCUUUGCCUAAAAAAUCAUUUGAGUUUUUUUCCAAUAUAAAAAUGAUUAAUGAAAAUGUUUUUUCAGUAAAUAUUGGUUCAAAAAAUGAAUCUAUUAUUAUUACAGAAAAAAUAAAAGAAUCUAAUUUCAAUGUUCAAAAUUCAGAAAACAGUAACAUAGAACAAGAAGAGAGCUUAAAAGAUACGUCAUCGAAUUCGAGCAUUAAUGAUAAUUAUCAAAUUUAUAAAAAAAAUAAUGUAAUAGACAAAUCUCUUUCUCAAAAUAAUGAGAUAUUAAAGGUGGUUAUUGAUGAAGAGGAAAUUGGUAGUUUAAAAGAAAAAUCUCAAAUUAUGGACGAAACAUCAAAUGUUAAGUCACUUUCGAUUGAAUCAGCAAAAGCUCGUAAAGAAAUUGAACUGAACUCUUUAACCGUUGAGGAAGUAAAUUCAAGUGUCGAUGAACCUGAAAAUGAUAAAUCAGAUAAAGGAAUAAUUUUGGAAAAUGAUUUUGAAGAUGAGCUUCCAAUAAAUAAAGCUAUAACACCUUCAAAAGAAGUUGAAGAAAAUGAUAGAGAAUCCAAUAAAAGUAUAGAUAAUGAAUUGGAUUAUGACCUGAACCAGUUAUUCAAAGAUAUCCCUGCUGAUGAAUGGAAUAAAGAACCUAUUCAGUCGAGUGAGAAUAAUAAAUUAGUGGAAAAAAAUUUGAAAAUUAACACAAAAAAACAAGAAAAUGAAAUCGACGAUAAAAAAGAAGAAAAAAAUUUUGAAAAAGAAUCAAUUGAAGAUUUUGAAUUGGUUUUAGUAGAUAAAAAAGCUUGGGAAGCAGCUGAAGCAGAUAGGUUGAAAAAAAUAAAAGAAGUUCACAAUUUUGAAUCUCUUGAUACUAUUCAGACAGAUACAUCAUUUCAAAAAUCAAUAGAUCCUCCCGCAUCUCCAUUAUUUGAAGAAUUAACGGAUGUUGAAGAAAAUGAAAAAAAAUCAGAAGAAGUUCAACAAGUAUUUGAGGAAGUUACAAACUCAUCUAAUAAUUCAUUGCUAGAACAGGUAAAUAAUGAUGAACGAAUUUCAGAUAAAAGUAAUGACAAUAUUGAAAAUGAACAUGAAACAAAAGAAACGCUUGUUUCUAAUAGUUUGAAAAAAGAAGUAAAACUUAAACAAAUAACUCCAUCAAAAUUUGGUUUUGUAACAAAUUCAAAGAAGUUAGUUACAGAAGAUAGAUUUAUUCGACAAUCUUUAGAUUCAUUAUUGUCCCAAAAUACAACAUUCAAAACAACCUCAUCAAAAACACGUAAAUCUUUAAAUCCCUCCAUUAAAUUAGAUAAUUUUACAUCAGACACUAAUGAACGAAACAAAAUUAACAGUUCUACAAAAUUUUUGGAAAACUCUUCCAAUAAAUCCCUAAAUACAUCAGAACCGGAAAAUAUUUAUGAAAUAGAUACAGAAAAAGAUGAGGAAAAGAAAAAAGAAGAUAUCGACAAAUCACUUAAUCAAUCAAUAAGUAAAAAGACCAAAGAUAAACUCCAUAAGUCACCUUAUAAAGAAAAGGUAGCUAAAAAUCUUAUGUCUCAAGUUAAUAUCGAUCCAGAUAUGCAAAGUAUUGAUUCUGAGAACGAAAGCGAUGAUCAAACUAUAACUUUACCUGCAUUUUUGUAUGGUGAAAGUAGUGAUAGUAGUAAUCAACAAAAAAAUGAUUCUUCUAGUACUGAUUCUGAUAUUGCCCGUGAGUAUAAUCUUAAUGGUGAUAGUGUUUUAGAAUAUUCUGAUGACAAUGUUUCAGAAGAUAUAUGUCAUGCAUCAGAAACAGAAUCCACUGAAAGUGAUGAAGAAGACGAUGAUAUGGCAGAUUUUAUUGUUGAUGAUGAUGAAGAAAUUGAGGAAGAGAUGGAAGAUGAAGAAUCUGAAUCAAAAGAAAAUAAAAGUGACAGCGAUAAUGAAAAAGAAAAUAUCAUUAAUAAUAAUGAGAAUAAAAUAACAAAUGAUGAGAAUGAAUCUAAUGAAGAAAUUGGAGAUGAUGAAACAUAUGAGAAAUUUGAGGAAAAUAAAAAUGAAUUAUUUUAUAAAAAUAUGGAUGUUGCAAAACACAAUAAACAAAAAGAAAAUCAAUCAACACACAGUAAGCCUAUAAUUUUGCAAGAAAAUGAUGUUUUCACGAAUGAAAAUCGAGUUUUAAAAAUGAUUAAAUCAAAAGUAGAUAAGUCAAACACUCCUCAAUUAGUUAAGUUUACGAAAAAAGAUACAUUAACACCAUUAAAAAAGUCAAUAAUUAAUUUUGAAAAUUCUUUUAACGUAGACGAUUCACCAAUUACUUUAAAAUCACCUAAAAUAUCUUCAGUCAAUAAAUCUAUGCUACCACCAUGUACUACUAGCCCUGAAACACUAUUAUUAUUGAAAGAGAAAUUAAAUGAUACACUUCCACCAUUAAAAUUAGAAAAAUCUGGUAAAAAAAGAAAAAGCUCAUUAUAUUUUGUUGAAGAUGCUUAUAACGAUAAACCUGCUGAAAUGGGUGUGAACAAAGAACCAAUCGAUAAAAUUGGUGAAGUAAAAUACGAAAAAAAAAAACAAAAGAAGAUAACAAAAUGCGAGCAACAUGGUUUUAGUGUUGAAGAUAUUUCUACUGAAAUUCAUGAAAGCUCACAAUUAUCUAAAAUUUCUCAUAAAAAUUUUGAAAAGCAGAAAAAGAAAGUAUUAAGAAAUGAUAGCUUUCUAAAUUCAAAUGUAGUUGUAGAAAAGGAAAAUAAAAAAAAAAAAAAGGGAAAAAAAUCUGUGGAAACAAAGAAAAAUAAAGAAAAAAUAAUUUCAAUAAAAGAAAUUAAUCAAACUUCUACUAAAAAAAUGAAGAAGAUAGAGGAUAGUAAUAAGAAUAACGUUGAUUUAAAAAGAACGAAACGUUUAUCUUCAGAAACUUAUUACACGGCCGAAGAAGCUGAUACUGAUUCUAUUAAAAAUUUGAAUGAUUAUCAAAAAAGUAAUAAAUUAAAAAGUAAUUUACCUAAAUUUACCAAUUCAGAAACAGAACAAUUAUCGAGUGUUCAAUCCACAUCAACAAUAAGACACAAAGUUAAAAGACUUCCUGACGAUGUUAUAGAAGGUCUUUUAGAAAUUCCUGUGCCACCAAAGAAAAAAAGGAAACUUCUUGUUGAUCAAAAAGUUUUACCAUCAAGACAAAUGUUCGAUUCAGAACAUCCCAAGCCAGAAAAUAUAAGUAUCGAAGACGAAGGAUAUAUUCCAUUGAGUUCUUCAGGUGGCACAACAUCAUUCUAUGUAAUGAACUUAGAUAAACCAAAAAAAUCUAAAAAACUAGCAGCAGUUUAUUCAUUUCGUGAACGCAUGUUGAGAAGAAAUCAACGUCAACCUAUUUCAGCUUACUUAAUCUAUCAACAAAAACUAAAAGCAGCAAAAAAUGGUAAAUAUUAAAUUUUCAUAAUAUCUAAUAUUACAUAUUAUUUGUAUUUGAAGAGUUUGUAUUAUUUGAUAUAGUUGUAAUUGAUCAUUUAAAAAAGAUUGUCAUUUUUAUUAAAUAAUUUUGUUAAUUGAUUCAAGAAAGUUAAGUUAAAUACAAAAAUAAUUAUCUGAGGGAAUAUUUUUCAAUAAUUUAUAAUUGACUGUAUUAACUGAGUUAAGUCCGCUAGAUUUGUACUUUAUCUUGAAAUGUAUUUAUUAAUUCCA